UUGAAAGGUACUAGCCAUAUACGUGUUGAACGCGUUUCACACCCCUCUGCUGUGCUUGACGCUGUGAGUGGCCGCUGCCAGCUUUCAAAAUGAGUUUCAAAGUUUCAGGUAAUCUGGAGGAGGAGGAGGAGGAAGAGGAAGAAGGAGAGAACUGCAGUCUGACAGAAGUGAAGAUGAGUCAGAUAGUGAUGCCCUGUCACAGCAACCAUCGGCAGGAGCUCAGCGUGGGACAGCUGCUCAAAUGGAUAGACUGUACCGCCUGCCUCGCUGCGGAGAGGCAUGCUGGAAGUCCCUGCGUCACUGCGUCGAUGGAUGACAUCCACUUUGAACAUACCAUUGGUGUGGGUCAGGUGGUGAACAUCAGGGCAAAGGUCAACAGAGCCUUUAACACCAGCAUGGAGGUAGACAUACAGGUGAGCUGUGAGGACCUGUUCUCUGAUCGUCACUGGAGGGUUUGCCACGCCUACGCCACCUUUGUUACUCAGCGCACAAGCACAGGACAAAAGGUGACCUUGAAGCCCAUUGUUCCUGGCACUGAGAAGGAGCAGGUUGAAUACAGCGUGGCAGCUGAAAGGCGGAGGGUCCGUAUGCUGCACGAUGACAUCAUCAAUGAUUUACUUUCCAAUGGCUCCGUCCAGCAGGCUGACAGCACACCAGGGUGCAAUGCAGUGGCAGCCGAGAGGACCAGGGUGGAGAGUGUGGAGCUGGUUCUACCUCCACAUGCAAACCAUCAGGUGAAUACGUUUGGAGGACAGAUCAUGGCCUGGAUGGUGAAUGUAGCUACAAUUGCUGCCAGUCGUCUGUGUCAGGCUCACCCCACUCUUCGGGCCAUCGACAUGUUCACCUUCAGAGGACCUUCUCAAGUCGGAGACAGAGUGCUGCUGAAGGCUAUAGUGAACAAUGCUUUCAGAAACAGCAUGGAGGUGGGGGUGCGCGCAGAGGCCUACCAGGAGGAGGGGGCUAACCGACACAUAAACUCAGCCUUCAUGACCUUUGAGGUGCUCGAUGAUGGGGGGAAGCCACGCAAAUUACCACGGAUACGGCCCGAACCCUUGGAAGGAGAGAGGAGGUUCCAAGAGGCAAUAGCCAGAAAAAAGAUCAGACUGGACAGGAAGUACAUCAUUUCCCACAAACAGGGGGAGGUCCCUCUGUCUGUACCCUGGGAUCCCAUGAACCAGGUGUAUCUGAGCUACAACAAUGUCUCAGCUCUGAAGAUGCUGGCAGCUAGAAACAACUGGUGCCUCAACUCUGAGAAAGACAAGGUUUGUCUUUACACCCUGGAGCAGAAGUCCAUGCUGAGCUUCAAGAUUGAAUGUGAGGUGGACGUUCCUGCUCACAGGGCCUUUGAUUUACUCGCUGAGCUGAGCAACAGACCGAGCUGGGACUCGUAUUAUAAGAUGUGCGAGCUAAUUCAGUGGGUAGACGACGAUGACGUCAUAUAUCGUGUGGUGGCUCCGUCGGUCCGUCAUGGCGUGAUGGGGUCCCCCGUUGCAGCCAAUCAGGCAGAAGGGAUGUUCCAGGAUUUCAUCUUGUUGGCUUCCAAAAGGAAGCCAUGUGGCAGCAGAGAUCCAUAUGUCAUCGCUCUACGCUCAGUGUCCCUGCCCACACACCCCCCCACUGAAGGCUAUAAGAGAGGAGAGGUUCUGUGUGCUGGAUUUACCAUACUGGAGACCAAAGACAACAUGUCACUGAUCAGUUACUAUAACCAGGCAUCUCCAGAGGUUUUUCCCUACAUCUCCACAGAUAUUGCCGGCCUCUCCUCCUUUUACUACCACAACUUCUGCUCCUGCAGACAGUACUUGACCAGGAACCGGCUUCAGUCUGCCUCUGAAGAGCAAGACUGCAAAAACUAACAGUGUCAGCAGUGUGUCAGAGGCCAAGCUGUAGACACUCAGUGGUACUGUCCAGCUCAUUUCUCCUCGCUUAUAUUCUGAUUAUAGUGACAUCAGUCUGCUUUUUUUUUAAUAUGAUGGCUCAAUUAAAGUCACAGGUGUUCACAGUGGAAAAACUUGGACAAAAUAUUAUUUUAUGUUUUGAUACAUUAGGACUGAAAAUCUUUGAUUUUUAACAGUCACAAUUAAGCGAGUAAAGAAAAACUGACACAUUUACUGUGUCGGGUCAGUCGUGCUGUUCCUGUUUGCAGAUGUAAGUUACAUAAAUGUAAUAGAUUUUGACCUUGUGUGGGGCUUGUAGUGUGGGGCUCGUAGUGUGGGGCUCGUAGUGUGGGGCUCGUAUGAAAUGGAGGUUAAUUAAAACACUAACAGGAGUCUGCAGUUAGCACAAGAUAACAUGUUUGUUGUGAUCAAAUAUGGAUGGUUUUUUCACAUCAAAUAAAAUAUUUUUAAGAACA